AUGGUAAGAGUUGUCAUAGAAAGUGAAUUGGUCCGUACGGAAAAGCAAUUUCCACAAGAACUUAAAAUAAAUCAGUUCAAGGAUCGUCUGUACCAUAUUACCGGAGUAGAACCAAAAGAUAUGGAAAUAGUAGUCAAAAGACAACACGACAACAAGGAGAUUUUCAGCACUAAGAAAGGAGGCUCCUAUUCGGACGAAGAUGAAGAUGCCAACUUCUUAAAAGGCAAGGAGGAGCUCAUUGUGGUUGUUACAGACUCUAAUACCCAAUCGAUCACUAACCAACUGGCUAUGCAAGCGGAGGGAAUCCCCUCAACGCAAACAAUUAGUGAAGAGGAUUAUUUGCGAAGAGAUCAGUCCGUAUUACGAUGGAAGAUGGCUCACGGCUAUGGUAGGUUUAAUGCUGCACGACAGAGCCAGCGCGCUGUGCAGUCAAAGCAGGACGAGGCAUAUGCCCGAGAGCAAUUAGCGGCGGCUAUCGGCCGCCACUGUCAUAUCACGGUGGACGGCAGUGCUCCUCGUGAGGCGGUUUUACGGUACGUGGGGCCGCUGCCGUCGGGCGCGACGGGCACGUGGUGCGGUGUGGAGUUCACGGAGGCCGCGGGCAAAAACGACGGGCGUAUAAAUGGGGUAACGCUGUUUGGCCCUGUAGCGCCGGGUUAUGGAUCAUUUGUGCGUCCGCGUGCUGUGGAAAUCCAACCCAAGAACGAAGAAUCCGCCGAGAAGGGAAACGUCAAUGGUGACGUAGAGAGCGAUGAUGAAAUUUGA